AUGGAGGAACGAGUGGAGACAGCAAGUCCUACUCAACCCCGUUUCCGCCGAGAGACGGAAAGAUCGUUUGCUGAAACGGUCAGUGUCUGGACCGCCGAGCUGGAAACACUGGCGUCCGUGCAGGCGUCAGAAGCACAGCCCAAGGGUCCUGCAACGCCGGGCAGCAACUGUCCACGAGACGCUGGCAGUUGCCCACACGAAGAAGACCUCGGUGAUUGGAUUACAAAUUACCAGGGACCUCAACCCGGACAGACCGGGGAGGCCACAGAGGAAAUCCAACGUCUGCGGACUCAAAACCAGGCAUUGGAGGAGCACAUAGCUCGGAUGCAGAAUCAAAUGGAUUUAAUGUGGCAGGAUUUAGGCAAAAGGCAGCGGGUUCAAACACUUGUGCCGACUCUGCCCCCUGGACAACCAGAAGACGGGGGUGCGUCCAACGUUUCUCAAUUACCCCCCGAGUAUCUGGACUUUGCAGAUGUUUUUGAUGUCAAAGAAUGUGACAUCCUACCCCCGCAUCGCAGGACUGACGGUGCUAUUGAGGUGGUGGUGGGAUUGCUAAACUUCUUCUCUGAAGAAAGGCCUCACCUGGAAGAAGAAAGCCAUCGUGUCCGCCGAAACAAAAGGAGUAAAAAUAGUGAAGGAUCAGAGGGCACAAGUACAUCGUCUAAAAAGAAAAAAGGCAAAAAAGCUGGCCCACCAGGCCCCAGCGGGCCCCAAGGACCACCGGGCCCUCCUGGACCUCAGGGACCUCCGGGAAUCCCAGGAAUCCCUGGCAUUCCAGGCACCACAGUGAUGGGACCGCCGGGACCUCCAGGACCUCCUGGCCUCCAGGGACCACCUGGGAUGCAGGGCCCUUCUGGUGCCGUGGAUAAAGCAGGGCCUAGAGAUGCACAGCCGGCUGUAGUUCAUCUCCAAGGACAAGGGUCAGCGAUUCAAGUAAAGAAUGGUGGAGUGCUGAAUGACUGGUCUCGCAUCACCAUGAACCCCAGAGUGUUUAAGCUGCACGCCCGCAGUGGAGAGCUGGAGGUACUGGUGGACGGCACCUACUUCGUCUAUAGUCAGGUAUAUUACAUAAACUUCACAGAUUUUGCCAGCUAUGAGGUGGUGGUGGAUGAGAAGCCCUUCCUGCAGUGCACUCGAAGCAUUGAGACGGGGAAGACGAACUUCAACACCUGCUACACAGCUGGGGUCUGCCUCCUUAGAGCCAGACAGAAGAUUGCAGUAAAAAUGGUCCAUGCAGACAUCUCCAUCAACAUGAGCAAGCAUACAACCUUCUUUGGAGCCAUACGGCUAGGAGAUGCACCAGUGUCCUAAGGGAAUGUGGCACACAAUGAAGAAGGAGGCUCCCAG